AUGUGGCGUUUAGCCAAUUGUGUUUAUCGUGUUUUUCGAACUGCAACUACUCAUUAUUAUUCGCAAGAUGUCCUUAUUCCAAUAACAACAAUUUGUUGUACUGAUGACGAUGCAAAUUCAAAACGAAAUGAAAAACGUUCAAACGUGAAAAAAUGUGAUAUUUAUGAAAUAUUAAAAAGUUAUCAAUAUUUAUUUAAAAAUAUUGAAAAAUUACAAGAGUAUUCAAAGAAAUUUGCCCUUCAACAGUUUGCACUAAACAUAAAUGAUACUAAACAAAUCGGACCUGACAAACCUGAAUGUAUCGGUAAAGAAGUUCAAUCCGGUUCACUUUCACCUAAGAAAGAAGAAGCUGUUAAUGCGACAUGUGAAGUCGACCGAACCAUUAUAAAUAGUGUGAACGAUCUUUCUAAUUUGCGUGAAGAAACAAUGUCAAUAAUAAACCUUCAAACAGCUAUUGACGCUCUCGAAUCCGGUAAUCUAGAAUUGGGCAUUGAAACUCUUCAAAGUAUUGUUAAAACGGGAACUAAUGCAUCAGCAUUUUAUAACCUUGGUAUUUGCUAUGAGCGAGGUAUUGGCGUUGAAAAAGAUCGAGCUAAAGCAUGUGAUUACUAUCGGCAAGCAUCAACUUUAGGUCAUAUACAUGCUCAAUUUAAUUUAACAAUUCUUUCAAAUGAUAUUGAUAUUGAUGAAAAUGAAGAUGAAGCAAUAGAACAACCGGUAACUGAAAAAGUGGUGCGACCUUUACGUGAUGGUUUUUUUCGUUUUUCAUUAUCAACCAGUUACAAAGAAGACCAUUCGUUAAGUGAUGGUCAAUUUGAUUUCAACAGUCUAGCAGUUGCCUGUUUGUAA